UUUAACACGUCGUCUCCAGCAGGAGGGUCUCUUUCUUGAAGUUUGGGCGAAAAAUAAGGUAUAGCAGGAAAUUCCUCUCAUCUUUUGGCCCACUGAGGAGAUUAUAUUAGUGAUAAACAUGGCUGUGCCGACGUGGGAGAGGAAAACGCGCUUAUUUCUCUGCGUUUUCGGAUUGAGUUUGUCUGUUUACGCGCUUCACGUCGAGCUGUCCAGAGAGAGUGACCCAGAUUACAGGGCGAUGUGCGACCUAGGGGCGUCUGUGAGCUGCUCCAAAGUUUUUACCUCCAGAUGGGGACGUGGUUUUGGUUUGGUCCAGUUCUUUGUAGACAAAGAUAGUCCUCUGAACCAGCCCAACAGCGUGCUUGGCAUCAUAUUUUACACUCUACAGAUGGGACUCGGACUGUCUCUAUCCAAAAAAGCAGCAGCAUUUUUGGUAUUUUCCUCAUGGGUCUCUGUAGCCGGCUCGCUCUAUCUUGCGUCCAUUCUCGCCUUCGUCCUUGGAGACUUCUGCGUGGUCUGUGUGUCAACAUACAUUAUCAACUUUGCCUUGCUCUUCACCAACCUGAAACGAAGGGGAGCGAUUGAAGGGAUGAAAGAAAAAACUGGAUAGAUAGUUCCUUGUGAGAUUCAACACCUUCCCACCUACUUUCCUCUAUACUGUUGCCACACUGGAUGUGAAAAGUAGAUUUCAUGGAUUGUUUACAACUGUUGAGUCUUUUCUAAUGAAA